AUGCUUAGCUGCUUAAACCCCUUAAAGAAAGCUAUUAAUGAUAAAGUUGCGUGGCGCGAGACAGAGCCAACCAUAAUAAAAGUUAUCAAAGAGAUAUUUUUAUGGCUGGUUUAUUUAGGAUUGUUUGGCUAUUUAGUUACAUUGUUUUAUAAACUAGUAAACGAUAAACCAUUGCAAAUUAUUACCUCCGACUAUAAGUCAGAAAUUAAACCACCACAGAUCCUGUUUUAUGCCCCUUUUGAAUUUGAAGUAGAUUGUACCUUCUUAUAUGUGGCAUAUGGGAACGAAACCAGACCAAACUCCAAUUGUUCAACUAACCUAUCGGACAUAAAAUUUAAUCCAGAAUCGAAUGAGUACAAUGUGGCGUUUUACACAUACAACGAUAAUGAUAACUUCUCUAACUUCAUUGAUGGGCUCAGGUUGAUUGAGUUUAAUCUCUUAUUAACUAAUUCUUCGAAAGGUUCCAUUAAACCUGAUGCGCUCUUGUAUGCUGACUUGUUUGAUCAUGAUUCGAAUUUGGGAGUUAGUAAAAAGAAUAUAAUCAAUUACGAUCUGUUUGAGCAGCUUUAUAAACAGAAUGAGUAUUUUCUUUCUCCACACCAGCUCCUAGGCUUGGUUAGUGCUUUUGGUGGAAUGGGUCGAAUAAAACCAUGGGGUAUCUGCCAAAACUGCUUCAAAAUCAGAGGGCCAGUUCAAAAAAAGCUAAUUACAACACUUGGCCCAAAAAUACCGACUGUCCCUGAUGAUGACCCAAAACUACCAACUGUCGCUGGUGAUGACGAAAAAACGUCAGUUUCUGUGGAAGAUAGACUCGACAAAUUAGAAUGGCUCUUACGUGAAUAUAUUCUAGACAAUUC